ACGAGUGAUGAGAAUAAGGGUCACGAAGUCAAGGAUGAGAACAAUACCAUUGAUUUCUCAAUAUGUUAUGCACUUAAACUAAUUAUCUAUUCAAAAGUAAGACGUCAGGGCGUCAAAGGAUAUCAACCGCAGCAACAAAUCGGUACCGGAUAUCGACCGCCCCCUCAGUCACAGGUGGGCGCACCCCAGAGGACUCGACCCUCACGUCCGCGCCCACCAUCUCGUCCGCAGCCCCAGGAAGACGAGGGGCAGGUGAACAGCGCUGAUGGCGAGGCCAACCCCGAGCCUCCUAUAUAUGGCGGUGUAAUGGGAACGCCUGGCGUUGACUUUCCCGGGUAUACCGUAAUACCGAAAACCAGUUUCACGUGUAGUGGUGUUCCUUAUGAGCCGGGAAUGUACGCCGAUAUGGAGACCCAAUGCCAGGCCUAUCACGUGUGCUUUCAGGGCAGGAAAGAGAGUUUCCUGUGCGGUGUCGGCACUGUCUUCAAUCAGGCCAUCCUUGGCUGCGAUUAUUGGCAUUCCGUCGACUGCUCCACAACUCCUAACUUCUACUCAAUUAAUGAAGAAUUAGGCAAAGCCGGUGCUGAACCCGGACCAGGAGGUGCCCCACCGGCUAAAGCUCAACAACAGCCAAGACCUGCACAGCCCCGACCGGCACCGAGACCUCAGCCGCCACGACAGCCCUCGCCGUCUUAUCAGAGACCUGAUGACACCGAAUACAUACCACCCCAACAGUCUGACCGCCAACAGCGACCCACAUCUAUAGCUCAGUCCCGUUUCCCUCAAAGACCGCCCCCUCCUAUCAAAGGAACCCCUCAACAGAGACCCUACAAUCCUCCACAACAGCGCCCAUACCAACCUCAACAGCGUCCGUAUCAGCCUCAGCCUCAGCCCAGACCUCAACCCCAGCCUCAGCCCCAACAGCGUCCAUAUCAACCACAACCACAGGUGAAGAGACCGCCGCCGCCUUCAGUUCCCCAACAAAGACCAUAUGCACCACAACCACAAAUUGGUAAGACAUCUCCCGUACGUCCUGUCCGUCCUUUCCGGCCAUUACCACCGGUUCUUCCGCCACCAGAGCCUCAGAGACCCAUCGUUCAGACCAGGGAUGAAGAACCGGUCGAUUUCGCACAGAAACAGCAACAGUCCUAUGAUUACUAAAUGCUAGUAAAACAUAUACCAGUGCUAUGAUAAUCACUCAUUUGACACAUUCAUUAGUUUUUUGUUAUCAAAAUUUUAAUUAUACAUUAUUUUAU